AUGGCGGAAAGCGGAGAUGAAUAUGAGCGACCGAGAAAAAUGCCAAAAACAUUAAAAGAAAAAGAUUCGGGCAAACGUUUGAUUGUCGUUUUAGAAAAAGCAUCGCUUGAGACAGUAAAGGUAGUCUUUAAACAUCACACACUCGUUGUAAAACACUUUUAUAUGAGGAUCUGUAUGGGACUAUUUAUAAACUUUAAAUGGCAAAUUCGCACGUGUUUGUGAGUUGCGACUGCCAAUAUAUCUUAUAAACUGAUAAACAAUGAAACAGCAACUUGGAACAUUACCAACAGCUGGCUGGAAUGUUAAUAAGACCCUCUUGUUAAUAAGACCCCUCCUUCGUUUCAUACAAAAACUGAAGCUUUGUAUAUUUUUUGUUGUGCUAGAAUGGCAAAAAUUUUGAACUGCUCAACUGUGAUCACCACAAAGGCAUUUUGAAGAAAAAUGGUCGCGGUAUUGGAUCAGUUCGGCCUGAUAUCACACAUCAG